UCUCAUCAUCACAACAGGAUCCCCCCUCACCAUUCCAUUAAUCUCCUUUCAUUGCUAGCUCUCAUCUUUUUUAGCUAUGGAGAUUGUUUCUAUUUUACUAUACAUUAUCCUCUUCCUCUCCACUCUUCUUUCAUUAUUAAAGAAACAAAAGAAUGGGAUUCAUUUUAAAAAAUUCAAGCUUCCACCUGGUUCAAUGGGUUGGCCAUACGUUGGUGAAACUCUUCAACUCUAUUCACAAGACCCAAAUAUUUUCUUUUUAACCAAACAAAAAAGAUAUGGUGAAAUAUUCAAAACCCAUAUACUGGGUUGCCCUUGUGUGAUGUUGGCCAGCCCUGAGGCGGCUAGGUUCGUGUUGGUGACACAUGCUCAUUUGUUCAAACCGACGUACCCGAAGAGCAAAGAGAGGCUCAUCGGUCCUCACGCACUGUUCUUUCACCGAGGCGGAUACCAUGCUCGGUUGAGGAGAUUGGUGCAGAACUCGUUAGCACCUCAAACUAUAAAGAAAUUGAUCCCUGAUAUUCAAGGCAUUGCUGUUUCGACACUCGAAUCAUGGGCUGCUUCUGGUCAAGGUGUAAACACCUUUUACGAGAUGAAGAAGUUGUCAUUCGAUGUCGGCAUUUUGUCCAUUUUUGGUCACAUGGAAAGAGGGUUCAGAGAGAUGUUGGAGGAGAAUUACCGGAAAGUAGACAAAGGUUACAAUUCCUUUCCGACAAACAUUCCUGGGACUGCUUAUCAACAAGCUAUCCUUGCGAGGAAAAGGCUGAACCGGAUUUUGGGUGAAAUAAUAAGCUCAAGGAAGGAGAAAAGGCUGUUGGAGAAGGACAUGUUGGGCCAUUUUUUAAGCUUCAAGGAUGAAAAUGAUGAAAAAUUGAACGAUGAGCAGAUUGCAGAUAACAUUAUUGGAGUACUUUUUGCGGCACAAGACACAACAGCCAGUGUUAUAACAUGGGUUCUUAAAUUCCUUCAUGAUGAUCCCCAACUUCUAGAAGCUGUUAAGGCAGAGCAGAUGGCAAUAUAUGACACCAACAAUGGAGGAAAAAUGCCAUUAACAUGGGAACAAACAAGAAGCAUGCCUCUCACACAUAGGGUUGUAAUGGAGAGCUUGAGGAUGGCAAGUAUUAUAUCUUUCACAUUCAGGGAAGCAGUAGUUGAUGUUGAGUACAAAGGAUACUUAAUACCCAAGGGUUGGAAAGUGAUGCCAUUAUUCAGGAACAUUCAUCAUAACCCAGAAUUUUUUCCCAAUCCUCAAGAAUUUGAUCCAUCUAGAUUUGAGCAGGUAGCUCCAAGAGCCAAUACCUUCAUGCCAUUUGGAAACGGCGUUCAUGCUUGCCCCGGCAAUGAACUGGCGAAGCUGGAGGCUCUCAUUUUGAUCCACCACCUAGUAACAAAUUUUAGGUGGGAGGUUGUGAGUUCAGAAAGUGGUAUUCAAUAUGGGCCAUUCCCAGUGCCUCAACAAGGACUCCCAGCCAGAUUUUGGAAGGAACCAAAGCAGUCACGACAAUGAUGUUUGGUCUUUAUUUAGUAAUUAGUUAACUAAUUUGGUAAAAAAAUACUAGUCCAUGCUUUCACCAUUGUACCAAUAGUCCAAACCAAUACUUCUUAUGCUACCUAAUGAAACCCUAUUAUUUUUCACCAUGGGGUUUCUACAAUCAUGUAUAUAUUAUUACCUUUGGCUAUGGCACGUAAGAAUAAGAACAAAGUUUGAUGCAUAA